AUGUCUGCCAACAUCAAGACCGUUCCUACCGCCGAGUUCGAUGCCGUGAUCCAGACAGCCAACAAGUACACCGAUGGCUUGCGCUCUGGCAGCUCCGAGACUGUUGCGCAAGCGUUCCACAAGGACGCCAUCAUGUACGGCUUCAUCAACCCUCCUAAGCCCGAUAUGCUCGCAGGCCCCAUUGGCAACCUCUUCACUUUUGUUCGUGACAAUGGCAGCGCCCCCAGUAUUAAGACCCACAACGAUGUGCUUGCUAUCACUCAAACGACCGCUGUCGUCCGCAUCGACAUGGAAGGUGACGCCUCGGGUGCCGACUAUACCGACUUCCUCACUCUCAUCAAGAUCGACGGUCAAUGGCAGGUUGUUGCCAAGGUUUUCCACAAGUACGUCUAA